UGACCUUCAGAUUUCGUAGUAGCUUAAUAUUAUACAACGCUACAAAAAAUGGGAUCUAGUAACAGCACACUUGCUAAUGUGCCCAAGGAUGAGCCACUACAAAGAUUUGUAGGGACUGAUGGAAUACCACCUAACAGUGAAUAUUGGAGGGAAUUUUUGUCUUCUGUUGGCUCAACAACAAAAAGCAGGUGUGUGAAUUUGAUUCUCAGCUCACCGAACUCUUGAUACAAGCUCUCUCAUAGACUUUGAAAAAGCAAAUAAAAGUUUGCUAAAGGAUUUGAAGAAAAAUAACCUUCACUCUCGUAACAUUCCCAAUCUCACGCAAUUUCUUAUAUCAAAGAUGUCAGAAUUAAUAGCCUCACCAGACAUAAUCGAAGACACAGUAUUAAUUACUCAAAAUGGACUACUUAUUCUACGUUUAUCGGUGAAGUACUUGAUGGAGCACUGCUCUGAAGCCAGAUUUUUCUCUCACUUCUCUGUUAAUUCUCCUGAAGGUCCUCAUUGUUUGUCUGUAAUUGAAUGUUUGUUCCCUGUACUUUUCAGGCUCAUAACUAAUCUGCCUAUCCAAGACAAUACUUACUUGUUGCAUUGCGAAGCUCAUUUGUUGUGUAUAGUGUUACUCUCUAGACAAAUGUAUAAAGAACUAUCGGCUCCUCUACCACAAGUCUACGUUUCUGUUGUCUGGGGAAAGUGUGCAUCUCUUGCUCCUGCUUUAGUUUACCGAUUAUUGUCUAACUUUUCUGAAAAUCGUCCUGUCCCAACACUUUUACAUGGCUUUGAACAGUAUAGUUUAAUAUGGCGUGCGGCGUCGUCUAUUGCAGGUAGUUUAGUUACAAUCGUCACAUUUGGUGGUUACUUUAGUCGCACUGCCAAUAGUUCAACAAAAUCAGAUAUACAGAACAGUCCGCAUGUUGCAGUUGUUGAACCAGUAAAAAAUAAUGUUUCCACAGAUCUUUUAACAUCAGAAUCAACUAUCAAAUCAAACGAACAGUGUCAUCUAUUGUCAAAUGUCAGCUCACUACUUUUAUUGAUACUUACUACUCAGGCUGGAUCUAUUGAAAAGACUGUAUCAACUUAUUCAGAAAAUAAUAUUAAAGAUUCGAAUUCUUUAGGCCGAAAUCCGUAUCGAACAACACUUUUUUCUUUACAAGAUGAAGUUACUCAAAAAAACCAGGUUGAUUCAAUAAUGGAUACAACUCACGUGCUGCCAAAGUCAACCCCUCGAUUACAGCCAGGUGGUGCUACAUUAAAUGGACAUUUAAACAUAGUUACUCAAUCAUCAUCACCACAAAUAAAUUUCACUGCUAUCUGUGAUACAGCAGCUUCGACAUUGUCUCAGGAUAGUAGCCCACUGUUAUUGUACCUUUUAGUUCAUCGAAAUACAAACUUUCAUUCGUUCAUUAUGCAAGAGCGGGGUUAUGAGAAAGUGCUUCCACCAUUAUUAAAUAUUCUAUAUAAAUCCCAGUCACAUAAUUCACAUCUUGUCUACAUGGCAUUAAUUCUGUUGUUGAUAUUUACGGAAAAUGAACAAUUUGGACGCGAUAUUCACACAUCAGAUAUUAAAUGGGUUCAGUGGUCAACAAGUCGUCGACUUUCGAAUGUUUCAUAUGGAAGCUUAACUGUAUUAGUUCUUUGUCGUACCAUUCAAUACCAUUUGAACCAAUUGAAGGACAAAUACCUUCAUGUUAAUAUUUUGGCAACUCUAGCAAACUUAUCCCCCCGAAUUACUAAACUUCAUCCUCAUGCAUGUGAUACACUAGUUGGUUUACUGCAAUUAUUGAUCAAGCGUCAUAAUAAAACGGUGGACAUUUUGCGUAAAAUGUCUGAUGACAACCAAUCACAAUCGGCUGCCGAAAUCACUAAACUUCUAUCAAAUACAUCACUUAUAUCAUCUGAUACACAGGAAGAAAUGGUUCGUUUUUGUUGUUUUAUGAUAUGAAAAUAUGGUUAAUGAGAGUAUUGUUCAGGUGGUCGUGGCACCGUAUAUUAUGUCACAUUCGUUGAUUUCAUAAACUAUUGAUCCUUUCUGUUGUGACUUUAUGUCCGGUUAGUUACCACAUGAUUUAUCCGCUGAUGAAAAUACGACUUAUACAGUCUUAGCACGGUGCCAAAGCAAUGACGUUCAACCGGUAUGAGCAGCCUAGCGUCUUUAUUGGUUCUAUGUUCGCCUAGCCCGUCCAGUUGAGUCCAGAACACCAAUACCAGCUUCUAGUAUGUGAAUCGAAUCGAAUCAUUUAUUUCAGACAUACUGGGUCUAUAUAUCAAACAAACAAACCGCAACGCACCAUAAAAUAAGAAAUAACAUUUGUACACAAUAAGGCCAAAAAGUGGUUGUGAACGUGGGAGGAAGUAGUCAAUAAACUGAACAUAGCUUAAGAACAGUAAACCGUACAAAAAUAACUUAUAGAACAAAAUAAAGCUUAUGAUAAGAGGAAUAUAAAUAUACAUAAUCUAGUUACUGAAUAUUUAUACCAUGAGAAUAUAUAAAUAAUAUUAGUCCAUUAAUAGGUCUCAGACGUUACUCGUAAUGUAAUCUUCACUAGGAUAUAACACUUUCUAUGUUUACUCAUUAUUUUCAUGUAAUUAUCUUACGAGUAGUAGUGUUAUAACCUUUGCUUCGUAUAGCGCUUUGUUACUGAACGUGCGUAGAAGAUACUAGUUUCUAUGUGAUGAUGCACAUUUUAACAUUUCCCACAUAUAAUUUUAUUCAACAUAUUCGUAGUUUUACUCAGUUACAGAACAGGAAUAAUCAUCUACUAAUAUCCUUAUCAGUAGUAAGUUGAAAUAUCAGUUUCACUGAAGGUCUGACCUUGUUAAGUCGUUUAGAAUUCAAAGAAUAAACGUUUGUAUCUUCUUAAAGUACAAAUAAAGCUAAUCAAAUUUCUUUACAAAAUUACUGAUUUCGUAUUUGUGUUUUAAAAUGAAUUUCAUCAUUUAACCUCUUGUAUUUAUAGUUCAACGUGUGUAAUGAAGGUCUUUGUUUAAUUCUUUACAGCAAAACAAUUAAUAUUAACUUAACGUUCAUUUGAAAAUUACCUAUCACAGACAGGUUUUGUCUAUCUCUAAUAUUUUUUUAGUUGUUACCCUCGUUACGAUAACCUACGACCAAUAUCUGUUUUUUAUUGUAGGUUCAAGAAUUAGCCUUACUUGAAGAAGUAAUUCGAAUGCUGUUAGAAAUUAUUAAUUCAAUUCUUACACAUACGAUGGUGUCGAAUCCAGAUUUAAUUUAUUCUCUUUUGUAUAAAAGGGAUUCAUUCACAUCACUUCGUUCACAUCCAUCGUUUCAGAAUGUGGUACAAAACAUUGAUAUUGUUUUAACUCAUUUUUCAAAGAAAAUUGAAUUAGAAUUAGGACCUCAACCAACUCAACCACAAGCUGUUAUGCAAGUGAUUAUAAAACAUGUUGGUAAUACUCAAAGAAGUUGUAAUCUGAAAGUAAUUUAACAAAUAUUAUCGAUCAUUCUGUUAAGAUUUAUAAUUUUUCACGUUUUUUAAUCUUUGUCUACUUUAAAUAAUAACAAAAUUAAUGACAGGAAGUGAAAAGUAGAAACAGAUGGUUAACAAUAAACGAAAUUCUGGAUUUUUAUACAAUCCACUGUUACCAAUGAAAAUUGCUUUUUCUGAUCACAAGUAGUAGUUGCCUACGUAAUUCAUUGAGUAUCUGUUGUAAAUCUGUCGUAACUAUACAACUAUCUCAUUUUCAAGAACUUUCGUACAAAUUUAAAUGAUUAGUUUCACAAUAUUUAGGCGCUUAGUUGACGUAAGACAUUAAGGAUAAAGAACAUAUUUGUAAAAUGUCAGCUCAAACUACAGUUGAGCGUCGAUGGUGUGUUUAUUUAAUGAGGAAAUGGUUAUAAGAUAGAAAAUAGUAUUAACGGUGGUUUGUUUAUGAAUUCUAUUCACAGUAUUUAAAGCGAAUUUCUUGUAUGAACUAUAUAUUUGCGUGUUAGCAUUAAGUACUUGUAGUAUGUGUUCAGAAUAAAAUCUCGUGUUUCAGAAAUAGACUCGAUUAUAUUCGUUUUUUGAUUCUGUGGAACUUUAAAUCCUUUCAUCCACACAGAUCCCUUAAUAAAUGUAUACACAGCAAGAAUAACAAGGUUUAAAAAAUAAAAUGAAUUCAUUCUCUUUCACGGUUUUUCAUCAGUUACAUGCAACCUAAAACUAAGAUUAUUAAUGUAAUUAUUAGCAUACUUUAUUAGCAUAAUUUAGUGUGUGAAAUUUAAGUAAAUGUUCGGUAUGUUACUAAAAUCAUUUGACCCAAAGUGUAUGAAGAAACAUAGUUAAGAUCAACGUGUAUCACUAUACUGUAAAGUAAUAAUGGAGAGUAGAACAGAUGUUAUAGUUCUUAAUAAUCAUAAUCAAGAUAAUAUAUGUUGUGAAAGUGAUGAAGUUGGUGUCUAGAUAAUUACACAACACGAUAAAAUAAACAAGUAUGUGAAUAUCAAUAAGGUUGUGUGAUAGAUGAAUUUCAGAAGACGAAGGAAUAUUAAAGAUAAAAAGCUUGUGGACAGGGUUGAAUAAACGAACUUCAUAGAAGUUAUAAGAUAAGUAUCCAAUCAUAAUGGCAGGGAAAGGUUAAUCACCCUUUCCUGUUGUAUAUAUAGAUAAGGUCAAAAACGUUUGAAAGCGAUUGCCUCAGCCAAACGGAAUAAAAUGGCUGUUUUCUAUUCGUUUAUUAUAUUAGAUCCAUUACCCACAUUCACGUCAUGUCCACUAUAUCCAUUAGGUGUCUGGCUAUUUCACUUGUAAAGAUUUUACUCCCUUUCAGCAGUAGGUUCCUGGGAAUGUGUUCAGAAAACCUAGUAAAGGCCCUUCUCUCUACCCUUCUUAUAUACUUACUACGGCAGGUACAUGUAAAUUCAUAAACGUAAUUGGAUAUGACAUCGGGAGGAUAUAGAUGUAUUUUUGAAUGGUGUAAAAAACACUUGGUAUUGUAUAGUGAAACUAAUUAGGCAGCAGGAAGACUUCUUUUCAGUGCCGCCGCAUCAUUUAUCCCCAGCAUAUAGGUGAGAAUUGGAAUUGGUUUCACUUGAUAAUUAGUGAUUCAUAUGCCAUAAAACUUGGUUAUAUCAAUUGUUGUCCACUAACUACUCACAUCAUAGACUUAUAUUAACAUAUAAAGAAAAGUGUAAGUCACCCUCAUAAAGUAAUGUCAAUUAGUUUCAUGUCUUCCUCCCCUAGCUUACACAUGUUCUUUGUAUUCUACUUUUUGUACCCCAGAAAUUCCCAGAUCUGAAAUUUAAAUAUGUAGAAGAAGAAUCCCCAGAUGAAUUUUUCAUACCAUACGUUUGGUCUGUUGUACGACGCCAGUCAGGCAUACAUUUUAAGUCUGAAUCGCUAUUGUUAUUCUCGGCUGCUCCUCAAAACAUUCAAAAUACAACUGAAAACGACGACAUUAGUGAAGACAAUGAUAGUGUUAUGAAUAAUGGCGAAUCAAAUCAUGAGCAAGUACUGGUAUAACCAUGUCAAACAAGUUUUCUGAACAACCCUCGUUCUAUGAGUGCUUGCUGCUAAUUCUGUUGUUAAAUGUGUUCAGUGUCAUGAUUUUGACGAUAAUGAACUUUUAUGAAAUUUCCUCUUUCAGCUGUCUGUGAUCAAUAUCAUGGUUUCGUUUGAAUUUAGUUCUUUUUUCUUUUCUUCACUUUCAAUUUUGUUUCUAGUUACACUUAUUGUCUUUUUUUUUUACAAACUUUUCAUAUUUUAAUAAAAUAGAAAGUUUUUCCAUAGGAAUUAGUGUCUGAUUUCCACCUUGUGUUGGUUAUAUCAUUAAAAAAGGAAAGGUGAAUCUGCUCACUUUCUAUUAAUUAAUUACUACUUAUUUAUAUGAGAUCGUAAUGCAUUUACUUUGCCUUAGAGUCAACACAGUCACGGUGAAAACGUUUCCUUGGGAAAAUUGAGCCGUUUGAUUAUUAUCAUGACUAUUCCUCAUUACGUUUUGUUCAUUAGUGAAUUGGGAUGUUUACGGACCGUAAUAUUGGACUGUCUAUCUAUAUGUUCUGUUCUAUGCCAAGAAUGAUGAAAGUUACAAAUAGUUUAUAAUAAGGACAAGUUGAACAAAGAAAUAUUUCUCUUCAACUAGUUCCUCAUCAGGACUCCACACCAAUAUUUAUGUUUUUUUUCAAAUGAGUAGGAAGUCAGUACCAAUUAGUUGGUGAUCAGUCAACUUAACAAUAUAGUAAUCAGUUAGCUACACAACGUUUAGAAAAUUAAAACUAAAGUGACUUUUCAUAAUCAGCUGUUUAUUAUAAGUAGUUACAUAAGAGUAGGAAUAGGAAUUGAAACUGGGUUUUUUUUCACUGUGAAAUUAAUGAUAAGUAAUUAGUACGACGGAUGGAGUGGAAGUUAGAUAACAAGAUUAUUAAACUCAUUUGUAAAACUUAUAUUAAUGAAGAGCUAGUUGGAAAGAAAUAUUUCUUUGUUCAGCUUGUCUUUUCAGUGUAUCAUUGGAAAUAUUUAAUGAAAUAAUUUGUUCACAGAGAUUAUGUAAAUAAAUAAGGUAAUAUGAGUAGAGUCAAGUCAGGUGACUAAAAUGAAAUCACAAAUAAAUCUCAAAUAACCAAUCAAGAUAUUAUUCCAUUAUAUAUGUAUCGGAAGUUGCAUAGUGGUUGCCUUAUCUAUGAGGUAGUUUUGAUAGUCUAUUUACUAUACUUCAGUGCACGUUCGUUAGAAUUUAUCAACUUUACACUUGAACAAAUUACAAUCAAUGAUGCAAAAUUGUGAACAUAAGGAAAACGAUCGUACGCCCGUUACUUCUAAUCGACCGAAUUUAAUUGUUUUCCAGAUUUCUUGAACCCUUUUCUUCUGAGAAUAAGGCAGCAAAUCGGGGGUUGAAAUAGCAGUAAAAAUACAUGGCAUCUGCAAAGAAACGUUUUAUGUUGUUACCUAAAUCUUAUACAGGUCGGUUGGACCAUAUCUACGAAACAUAGACAUAAUUGCCAACACACGACCGAAGUUGCAUUUCUUAA